AUGGAUUCCAUUGGCCGUGGAGAAGGUAAUUUUCGUGCCUUACUUCGCUAUCGAGUUCAUACAGGUGAUUCGGUGUUAGAAAAUCAUCUAUCUACAGCUAGCAAAACUGUUACAUACAUUUCGAAAACAACACAAAAUGAACUAAUCGAAAUUUGUGGUGAUUUAAUUCGAGAACAAAUAAUUACUGAAGUAAAACAUGCUACAUUCUUUACUGUGAUUGGCGAUGAAAUGACGGAUGUAAGCAAAAUGGAACAAUUUACAUUUUGCCUGAGAUACGUAUUUAAAGACAAAGUGCAAGAAAAAUUUAUUAGUAUUAUAUCAGCCGAAGAUCGGACAGGUGAAGGUUUGGCUCGAUUGAUUCUUGAAGAAUUAAAAGAUCUUAGUCUUGAUCCAAAUUUCAUGAUAGAUCAGGCAUAUGAUGGAUGUUCAACAAUGGCAGGACAAUUGAGUGGAUGUCAUGCAUACAUCCAAAACCUAUUUCCAACGGUACUUUAUCUUCAUUGCGCGUACUCAAUUGACAGUAAUGCCAACAAUAUGUGGACAAAUGCAGCAGCACAAACACUAGAAGAUUAUUAUCGAGUCAAUCUAUUCAUUCCUGUUUUGGAUCAUUUCAUUGCAUCGUUAACUGACCGAUUCAGUGCUCAUCAAUGGCUGGUCUAUAAUGUGCCUGCUCUUAUUCCAUCACUGGUUGAACAAAAGUUUUUCGAUGAUUUGAGAAAUAUUAUUAAUUUUUAUGAAGCUUAUUUACCAUUAUUGAAUACAAUCAAAGAAGAAUUCCAAUUGUACAGACGAAAAUGGGUAAAUGAGGCGCCAGAUCAUCGUCCAAACAAUGCUAUUGAUUCUUAUGUUUGUUGCAACGGUACCUUCUUCCCGAAUAUUAAAGUUCUUUUACAAAUUUAUGCAACAUUACCAGUGACAACAGCCACAGGUGAGCGAAGCUUUUCAACAUUAAAACUGUUAAAAGCAUAUCUUCGAAGUACCAUGAGUGAAAAUCGUUUGAGUGGUCUAGCAAUAAUGUAUAUACAUGCAAUGAUUAAUAUUGAUGUUAAACAAGCCAUCGACAAGUUCUCAAAACGAAAGAAUAGAAAUCUAGAAUUUCUUAUAUGA